AUGUCAGAUUCCAACGCAACCGACUUCACCAACCCCUCCACCUUCAUCCUGCUGAGCAUUCCUGGCUUGGAGGCGGCCCAUGUCUGGAUCUCCAUCCCCUUCUGCACCAUGUAUGCAAUAGCCGUAUUGGGGAACUUCACUAUCCUGUUCAUCGUGAAGAUGGAACCUAGCCUCCAUGGGCCCAUGCACUAUUUCCGCUGCAUGCUGGCUGUCACCAGCCUGGUCCUGACUACCUCAACCUUGCCCAAAAUGCUGAGUAUCUUCUGGUUCAAUUCCAGGGAGAUCGAUUUCAGGGUCUGCCUCACCCAGAUAUACUUCAUUCACUGCUUCUUAGAGAUGGAGUCUGGGAUCCUUGUAGCCAUGGCUUUGGAUCUCUACAUGGCCUUCUGCCCCCCGACAAACCACGUUGUGUCCAAGAUCGGCCUGGCCGUGAUGCUGCAUGGCUGCAUAGUCAUACUGCCCCUUCUUAUCCUGGUGAGGCAGUUGCCAUAUUGCAGAACCAAUAUCAUCCCCCAUCCGUACUGCACGCAUAUAGCCAUGGUGAAUCUGGGUUGCACUGACACCCGCAUCAGUAGUUACUAUGGCCUCUUUGUGCUAUUCUGUGUGAUCGGUGUGGAUGUGAUUUUUAUCACUGUGUCCUAUAUCCAGAUCCUCAUGGCCAUCUUCAGCCUCCCCACAAAGGAUGCCCAGUUUAAGACUUUGGGGACCUGUGUCUCACACCUCUUUGUCAUUUUAGCCUUUUACAUCCCAGGUUUCUUCAACUCCAUCAUGUACCGGUUUGGCCAGAAUGUGCCCCUGCAUUUCCACGUUUUCAUUGCCAAAGUGUACCUCUUAAUGCCCCCAACACUAAACCCCAUCAUCUAUGGGGUGAGGACCAAAGAAAUCCAGGGCAGGCUGCUCCGGCUCUUUACUCAUGAAGGGGCCUAA